AUGGAUAUUGGGGUGAUUUUCCAGGUACAUCAUGACAUGGAUGCUCCAUUAUCACAUUAUUUCAUAAACACAGGGCACAAUUCAUAUCUCACUGGGAAUCAACUAAGCAGCGAUUGCAGUGAGGUGCCAAUCAUACAAGCCUUGAAUAAAGGUGUUCGAGUUAUUGAACUUGACUUAUGGCCCAAUUCAAAUAAAACUGAUAUUGAUGUAGUUCAUGGAAGGACACUUACUGCUCCUGUGUCACUAUACAAAUGUUUAGUGGCCAUAAAAGAUAAUGCUUUUGUUGCUUCUGAAUACCCAGUCAUUAUAACUUUAGAAGACCACCUUACAAAAGAUCUUCAAGCUCUAGCUGCAGAGGUAACAAAUGAAAUAUUUGGAGAUUUGUUAUACUACCCUCCAGAAGAUGCAAUGGAUGAAUUCCCAUCACCAGAAUCAUUAAAAGGGAGAAUCCUAAUAUCAACAAAACCACCUCCAGUUGAUGAACUAAGAGAUACCUUUUCCAAGCGUUUGAUAAAGGAUGGUAAGGAAUCUGAAAGAGAAUCUGCUGAUGAAGCUCUAUCACCCCCUCCAAGCAUUGGUUCUGAUGUGGACGCUUGUGAUAGGUACAAUGCAAGUAGUGAUCGUGAAUGUGAAGAAGAAUUGACGCCUUCAAGUGAGAUACAUAGUGGAGUAAUUCAUUACAAAAGAAUGAUUACAAUCCAUGCUGGAAAACCCAAGGGUCAUAUAAAAGAUUCCUUAUCAGUUGAUGGCAAAGUUAAGCGUUUAAGUUUGAGCGAACAGGAAAUUGAAAGGGCUUCAUCUUCUUAUGGAGAUGAUCUUAUUAGUUUUACACAGAGGAAUAUUCUGAGGGUGUAUCCUAAGGGGACACGUGUCAACUCCUCAAAUUUCCGGCCACAUAUAGGGUGGUUGUAUGGAGCACAAAUGGUUGCAAUGAACAUGCAGGUGUCUAUACAUGGUGUACAAUAUGACAAAGCUAGGCACAGAACAAGGGUGAUUUCAGAUAAUUGGUUUCCAGUUUGGGAAGAAGAAUUUGAAAUCCCAUUGAAAGUUCCAAGUCUUGCAUUGGUUCUGAUAGAGGCAAGAGAGUAUGAUAAGCAUGAAAAGGAUGAUUUUGGAGGCCAAACAUGUUUCCCUGUCGAUGAAAUAAGACCGGGCUUCCGUUCAGUCCCUUUAUAUGAUGAAAAGGGCAAUAAAUAUAGCCAUGUAAAGCUUUUAUUGCGCUUUCAAUUUCAACAUAUUUAG